AUGUCAACUUUAGCUUCACCAAAUGCUUCAUGUUUAGUUGAAUUACAACAACGAAACAGUGACUGUGAAAAUAGUUCACACUCAUUUAUCAGUGCAUUUAAAAGUUGUGAAGAAUUUCUUCAUGAGUUUAAAGAACCAACCAACACUGGGUUGUGUGGAAAAACCUUGAGUAAGAUUAUUAGUGUAGAAAAAGACAAAAAGCCUGUCUUACCAAAGAGGAUUAAAAGAAGCAAAGGCAAAGACGUAAUGCGUCUUACUCUUUUGAAUUCCGGCAAUGUCAUGUGUCGUAAAGAAAUGAAAGAGCCAUAUGAAAUGACUCUAAAACAAGUAAAAACAAAAUUUCCAGGUCAUCCAAUAUGGAUCCCAUCAGAGCAUGUCCAUGGAAAAAUAAAAAAAACCAAUUUUGGAUUAGUUGUUACUCCUUUAGGAGAUGAGUAA